AUGACAGAAGGGAAACGGGAAAGGGAAUGGGGAAAGUGGGUUGGCAUGUGGACCGAGGAGAUACCUCAGACGACGACAGAGUUCUCAAAGGAGCAUCCUCCAAGAAAGAACAUCACCAUCAUCACAAAUCCAAGAGGAAAUCGGAAGAUUUACCCGACCCUGAAUCCAACGUCUCAUCCGGAUCCGAUCGCGGAAGCAAAGACAGUGGCCGCCGGAGCAGCAAAAGGAAGAGAAACCGCCGGUCCAGAACGAAGUCACGACGGGAAUACAGCGACGACGAGGAUGACGAUCGGUCGGAUUCCGAUACUGACUCUGAGUCGGAAUCGGAGUCGGAGUCGGGAAGUUCGGAAUAUUCUUCAGAGGAUGAAACCGAAAGUGAGGAGGAGAGGCGGCGGAGGAAAGAGGAAGGAGAGGAAGAAAAGGGAGGAGAAAGAAAAGAGAAGGAGAAGAGAGAAAGAGAAGAAGAAGAGAAGGAAAGAGAGGGAUGAAGAUAAGUCGAAGAAGAAGAAGAAAAAGAAGGAUAAGAAGAAAGAGAAGGUGAAAAAGGGAGCUGUUACAGAUUCAUGGGGGAAGUAUGGAAUUAUUAGAGAAACUGAUAUGUGGAACAAAAGACCAGAGUUCACUGCAUGGCUUGCAGAAGUGAAACAGGCGAAUCUUGAAAGUCUUCCCACCUGGGAAGAGAAGCAAAUGUUCAAACAGUUCAUGGAAGACCAUAACACUGCCACUUUUCCUCAUAAAAAAUACUAUAGCCUUGAUGCUUAUCACCGAAGGAAAAUUGAAAAAGCCAUUAAAAAAGGGUCCACAAAAGCCACAAAAUCAGAACGUGUUGUGUUUGAUGAUGAAGAGCAACGCCGACUAGAAUUGCAACGAGAGCGUGAGAAACAGAAGGAAGCGGAGGUAGAAGCUUUGAAGCGCUCCAUGCAAAGUGGAAUGGCGCAAGCAAUGAAAGAACAAGCUAUACUAAGAGAAGAGAUGAAUUACUUGUUCAAAAUCGGCAACGUUGAGGCAGCAAGUGCUAUUCAAAGACGAUUGGAUCCUGAUCUUCCUAUGUGAUUUAAUCAUUUGUUGAAAAGUUCAAAAAAAAUUAUCGAUUUCAAAGUGUGUAAGAAUAUAGAGGUGUUUGGAAUUGGAUGUAUGUUUUUAACCCAUGAUUUGAUUAUUUUACUAUAUUCU